AUGAUAGAGAUUUCAUCCAGGCGCACGCAUCUAGACGCACAUACACACACGAUGGCUUCUUCAACACUCCCCCCACAAACUACUACAGAGCUUGACAGCCUAGAGACGUUUCUCGAACCCCUCCACAUCGAUACACAACUGGUCCACAGACUGGCGCAGGAUCUGUGCAGCACCUUUGCCGACCUUGCAGCGCAGUCUGACGACCAGUUUCUACCCACACCCAUAUCCGAGUCUUUGUUAUUACAACGUGCUGCUGUUGACGGCAAAGAUCCAGGCCCACACUUGGCCAUUGAUAUCGGCGGUACAAAUCUUCGCGUAGCCUUCGUGGAACUGAGCCACGUGCACAAAGACGGUCAAAAUGAGACGACGAUACCUCUAAGGAGACAUUUUGAACACAGCUGGCCCAUCGAUAGCCAUCUCAAGAACGAGAACCAUGCGGUGCUCUUCGCAUGGAUCGGCGCAUGCAUCGCCGAGGUAGUCAGUAAGGCAUGUGCACAGUUUGGCAUUGCAGCUGCCGCCGAGCUGCCACUGGGCAUUACGUUUAGUUUCCCCAUGGUCCAGGAGUCCCUGGAAAAAGCCACACUCUUGCAGAUGGGCAAGGGCUUUGGAAUAACAUCCGAUCUCGACCUUGGCUGGCACCUUGUAGAUGGUUAUGAAAAGAGCCGUGGCGACCUGCCCAGGAUCCGAGUCGCAGCCAUCACAAACGAUGCUGUAGCCACCCUGGUGAGCUUUAUGCACCAGUUCCCCACCACAGCCGCCACCAACGGGACGACAGCCAUGGAUGUUGACCGCCGUCCAGCCAUGGGACUCAUAUGCGGCACCGGCUCCAAUGCGACAGUCUUCAUGGACUUGGAUAGCCUGAAGGAGAGCAAACGGCCCAAGAGAGUCCAAACAUUACCGGAGCAAAACGGCGGCCCUUCCAGCCUCAGGAUUGCCGUCAACACGGAAUGGAGCAUAAAUGGUUCGGCCGGUCCGUUGCGCGCGCACAACCUCAUCACCAGCUGGGAUGACCACCUUAGCGGGGCCGUCGAGCGCCCAGGAUUCCAACCACUCGAGUACAUGACCGCCGGGCGGUAUCUGGGCGAACUUGGCCGCUUAAUAUUGGUCGAUUACAUGACCAACGUCCUCGGUCUGAACUCUACCACCCUUCCUGAAAAACUCCUCCGCAGCUUCGAGCCUCAAAACACGACCUUCCUGAGCCACUUCAGACCUGGUGGCAACAAUGACUGGUCGACGCUAGUAACCCGCCUCACGGACGAAUUCCCACCGGGGCCGGCCUUUUCAUGGACCGAAGGCCUGGCCCAGGCCCUGUACCGCAUCGCCCGAUGCAUCGAGUACCGUGCGGCGGGCAUCAUCGCAGCAUCGACGAUAGCUCUGCUCAAGUGCUCCGGCGCGCUUCCCAGCGCCGAGAAGCUGGCGUCCAUGUACGAGCGGCCCACUGAGCUUCAGCUCGGAGUCGGCUACACGGGUGGUUGCAUCACAAAUUUCCAGGACUACCUGCAGCACUGCCAGCAGCUUCUCGACGACCUGACCGCCCGCGAGUAUCCCGGGGCUAUUCCCGGGGGUUCCAGGCUGAGGGUUUUGCUGCAGCCUUGUCACGAUGGUGGGAUCGAUGGGGCUGCCGUAUUGGUUCCCGCUGCUGUCGCGACAGGCAUAUAA